AUGGGUAGUAGUAGCAAGAGUAGGAAAUCAAGAAGAAAAAGGAAAUCGGAUGAUUCUGCAUCGGAAUCAACUUCUUCGCAAUCCGAUGAUUCUGAUAGAAGCCAUAGAGGUGGUGAUCGACGGUCACGGCGGCGGAGGCGAAGCCGACAUGACUCGGGAUCGGAUAGUUCUUCUGAUGGCAGUGGUAGUGAUAAGGGUGGGAGGAAGAGGAAAUCCUCCAGGAAAAUUACUGAAGAGGAAAUAGCACAGUACAUGGCUAAAAAAGCGCAGAGAAAGGCAUUGAAAGUUGCUAAAAAAUUGAAGACUCGUACUGUGUCGGGUUAUUCAAAUGACUCGAAUCCAUUUGGUGACUCCAAUCUUAAUGAGAAGUUUGUUUGGCGGAAGAAGAUUGAGCGUGAUGUUGUUCAAGGUGUGCCUAUUGAUGAAUUUUCAGUUAAAGCUGAGAAAAAGAGACAGAGAGAAAGGAUGGCGGAAAUUGAAAAGGUGAAAAAAAGAAGAGAAGAAAGGGCACUUGAAAAAGCACGGCACGAAGAAGAAAUGGCAUUGUUAGCUAGAGAACGUGCUCGAGCUGAGUUCCAGGACUGGGAAAAAAGAGAAGAGGAGUUUCAUUUCGAUCAAAGCAAGUUUAGGUCUGAGAUUAGAUUGCGUGAAGGACGUGCCAAGCCAAUUGAUAUCCUUACCAAGCAUCUUGAUGGCUCUGAUGAUUUGGAUAUUGAAAUAAAUGAACCAUACACAGUCUUCAAGGGUUUGACAGUGAAUGAAAUGGAAGAGCUUCGUGAGGAUAUCAAAAUGCAUUUGGACCUUGACAGGGCCACACCAACCCAUGUAGAAUAUUGGGAGGCACUCCUACUGGUCAGUGAUUGGGAGCUAGCUGAAGCUCGAAAAAAAGAUGCACUUGAUCGAGCUAGGGUGCGUGGAGAAGAACCUCCAGCUGAGGUGCUUGCAGAACAGAGAGGUCUGCAUGGCAGUGUUGAACCAGAUGUGAAGAAGCUUUUGCAGGGGAAGACACGUACAGAAUUGGAGGCUUUGCAGGCGCAUAUUGAGUCAGAAAUGCGUACUGGUGCAGCAAAGCUUGUUGAGUACUGGGAGACUGUUUUAAAGCACCUUCGGAUAUACAAGGCCAAGGCUUGCUUAAAGGAAAUUCAUGCUAAAAUGUUACGCAAGCAUUUACAUCACCUUGAGAAACCAUCAGAGGAUGAAGAAGAUAAAUUGGAAGAUGCUCAUGUAAUGAAAUCUGAGGAAGAUAUUGAGGACUAUGUUGAAUUUCAACCUUCAAAUAGACCUCUUUCUCCAGAACCCAUCAAAGGAGAGGAGGGUCAAGAAGUUGAAGACGAGGCUGGGUCCUUUUCACCCGAACUGUUUCAUGGUGAUGAAAAUGAGGAAGCUAUUGACCCUGAAGAGGACCGGGUUCUACUGGAACAAAAACGUAUGGCAGUAAAGGAAGAGCAGCAGAGGCGAAUUCAGGAAGCAAUGGCAUCAAAGCCUGCUCCAUCUGAAGAUAAUUUUGAGAUGAAAGCUAUGAAAGUUAUGGGAGCUAUGGAAGAAGGAGAUGUAAUGUUUGGCUCCGGUGCUGAAGUGAAUCUGGAUUCACAGGUUUAUUGGUGGCAUGACAAAUACAGGCCCAGGAAACCAAAGUAUUUCAACCGUGUUCAUACUGGAUAUGAGUGGAACAAAUAUAAUCAAACUCACUACGAUCAUGACAAUCCACCUCCAAAGGUUGUACAAGGGUAUAAAUUUAAUAUUUUCUACCCAGACCUUGUAGACAAGAUAAAGGCUCCAACUUACACGAUUGAGAAGGAUGGCAGCAAUGGCGAGACUUGCAUCAUAAGAUUCCAUGCAGGGCCACCAUAUGAAGACAUUGCUUUCCGCAUUGUAAAUAAAGAAUGGGAAUAUUCUCACAAGAAAGGUUUUAAGUGCACGUUUGAACGUGGAAUUCUACACGUAUACUUCAAUUUCAAACGCCACCGCUACCGCAGAUAA